ACUGCCUCCUGCGUUUACGCUGGUCCCCUCCCCUCACGGACGCGCGGCGGCCUCCUGCUCAGGGCCAAGGCCGCGCCCUCUCCCCCGUUCGGGGUUCCCACCCUUCCCCUCGCCCAGCCUUGGACCCCCUCAGGCCCUCCCGCACCCCCGUCCGCCUCGGACGGCCUCGGUCCCUUCCCCUCCCCUCCCCCCUUGGGCCCCCUCAGACCGGCGUCCCUCCCACCUUGGAUCUCCUCAGAUCUCCGGCGUUCCUCCCCCUCGUGCCCUCCCGCGCGCUUUCUACCGGGCGCCCUGCCUAGGGCCAGGAUGGCCGGAGUCCUAGGGGCGCAGUCCGGACCCCCGGGCCGCUCUUCUUGCCGCGCUCCUCGGGGUCUAGUGUCCCCUGGGAUGGGCCCGGAAAGGGGUGGGGAGCUUCUCCAAAAUAUAAAAAUGGAGGUUUUUCCUGUUUUAUGCACAUCCUGAGGAGCCCUAUGAAGACCCCGGCGGCGCACCGGGAGCGCCACUUUAUUUAGCUGUAAAAAGUCUUCCCGCGUCAAGACGAAAAGGAGCUGCUUUCGUCUCAGCAGUUGGUCGAGUGUGCUACUUGCCGGGUGUCUUAUCCUCUCCCCAUUUUGCUAUCGAUGCUGUCUUUUCUGUUACUGUGUCAGAGCCCUGUUUUAAUGAAUGAGCCCAACUCUUUGCAACACAGCAAAUAUUUUCCUUGUUGUUUAUUGGCUUAAUUUUAAAAUUGAAAAUAAUAUGCAAUACUUCUUCUAAUGCAGGCAUGUCAAAAAUAUAUAAAAGUCAUCCCCCCCAACACUGCCAGUGUAUGAAGAGGCAGAAACUGUGAACAGUUUCAGAAUUUUUGAAUGCCGUUAGAGCUCUAGGCACGCGCGCACACCCUUUUUUCUGUCAUCAAAGGGAAGCUGGUGUCGUUUGACUAACACCAGGGGCGGCAGGGGGCGCUCCGCUCGUCCUCCGCCGGGUGGGUACUCGUAAAUUUUUCGUAACUUGUCUUCUGGACGUAGGUUUCUCUGUCCGGUGGACUCUACGAAGUGGGUAAGGGUGGGAGGUUGCCAUUGACAUUCCCGCCCUGGACGGGGCUCUGGUCCUCUGGGCUUGACAGGUCACUGCAUUCCUGCCAGGUCGACGUUUUUCGUUUAUUGCCCCACAGGCUCCUUCAAUUUCCGUGAUCCUCAGAGGCCCUAGGAGACCAGGUGAUGGCAGCAGCCAGGCUCUUGCCAGUGCCGGCAGGACCCCAGGCCAAGUUGACCUUCGAGGAUGUGGCUGUGCUCCUCUCCCAGGAUGAAUGGGAUCGCCUGUGCCCUGCUCAGAGGGGCCUCUACAGAAAUGUGAUGAUGGAAACCUAUGGGAAUGUAGUCUCAUUGGGACUUCCAGGAUCCAAGCCUGACAUAAUCUCCCAGCUGGAGCGAGGGGAAGAUCCCUGGGUCCUGGACAGAAAGGGGGCUAAGAAGAGCCAGGGCCUGUGGAGUGACUACUCAGACAACUUCAAAUAUGACCACACUACAGCCUGUACACAACAAGACAGUUUAUCUUGUCCAUGGGAAUGUGAAACCAAGGGAGAGAGUCAAAAUAAAGACUUGAGUCCGAAGCCAUUAAUUUCAGAGCAAACAGUGAUUCUGGGGAAAACACCCUUGGGGAGGAUUGAUCAAGAAAAUAAUGAAACAAAGCGAAGCUUCUGUUUGAGUCCAAACUCUGUUGACCACCAUGAAGUUCAGGUCUUAAGCCAAAGCAUGCCACUCACUCCGCACCAGGCAGUGCCUAGCGGAGAGAGGCCCUACAUGUGUGUUGAGUGUGGGAAGUGCUUUGGCCGGAGUUCCCACCUCCUUCAGCAUCAGCGUAUCCACACGGGAGAGAAGCCCUAUGUGUGCAGUGUAUGUGGGAAGGCCUUCAGCCAGAGCUCAGUCCUUAGUAAACACAGGAGAAUUCACACAGGUGAGAAGCCCUAUGAGUGUAAUGAGUGUGGAAAAGCCUUUAGAGUGAGCUCAGAUCUUGCUCAGCAUCACAAGAUACAUACAGGAGAGAAGCCUCAUGAAUGUCUUGAGUGUCGGAAAGCCUUCACUCAACUCUCACAUCUCAUUCAGCACCAGCGGAUCCACACGGGAGAAAGGCCGUAUGUGUGUCCGUUGUGUGGGAAAGCCUUCAACCAUAGCACUGUUCUGCGGAGCCACCAGAGGGUACACACCGGGGAGAAGCCUCACAGGUGCAAUGAGUGUGGGAAAACCUUCAGUGUGAAGAGGACACUGCUGCAGCACCAGAGGAUCCACACCGGGGAGAAGCCCUACACGUGCAGCGAGUGUGGGAAGGCCUUCAGUGACCGCUCAGUCCUCAUUCAGCACCACAACGUGCACACCGGGGAGAAGCCCUAUGAGUGCAGUGAGUGUGGGAAGACUUUCAGCCACCGCUCCACACUGAUGAAUCACGAGCGGAUCCACACCGAGGAAAAGCCCUAUGCAUGCUACGAAUGUGGGAAGGCCUUCGUUCAGCACUCACACCUGAUCCAGCACCAGAGAGUCCACACUGGGGAGAAGCCCUAUGUGUGUGGUGAAUGUGGGCACGCCUUCAGUGCACGCCGGUCUUUGAUCCAGCAUGAGAGAAUCCAUACAGGUGAAAAGCCCUUCCAGUGCACAGAAUGUGGCAAAGCCUUCAGCCUGAAAGCAACUCUGAUUGUGCACCUGAGGACCCACACGGGCGAGAAGCCCUAUGAGUGCAAUAGCUGUGGGAAGGCCUUCAGCCAGUACUCAGUGCUCAUCCAGCACCAGCGGAUCCACACAGGUGAGAAGCCCUAUGAGUGCGGGGAGUGUGGGCGUGCCUUCAACCAGCACGGCCACCUAAUCCAGCACCAGAAAGUGCACAGAAAGUUGUGACCCAUGGCUGACACAAGAAUCCAUUCUCACAGAAACUGCGUGUGGAACCACAAGCAGCCUUCAGCCCAAGAGAAGUCUCUGCUAACUCUAUAGGAAGCCUUUCUUUGGCGAUUCAGUGUCACAAAAUAACUCCAGAAAGAAGCACUUAGCAUGCUGUUUCUGUGGAAAAACUUCAGAGACUACCUGUUUUAUUUUCCUCGACAUCUUGAAGUUAUAUUGGAGAGUAAUCAUACAAUUGUAGGGAAUUUUGGUAAAAACAGCCAUAAUUCUUUCUUUGACAUUAGUUUAUUUGAACUAAGGGAAUUUAAGGCAUAAGAACGAUUAUCCCAAUAAAAUCUUACAUUCCAAAUAAAGUUCUUUUUCUAAGAACA